UGCAGAUUAUGGCCCAGGGGAAGGGUCCGCAACCACAGGUUAAUAAACUGGACAACAUGCUGGGCAGUCUUCAGUCUGACCUCCACAAGCUGGGAGUGCAGACGGUUGCUAAGGGAGUGUGUGGCGCCUGCUGCAAACCCAUUGUUGGCCAGGUGGUAACUGCUAUGGGGCGCACAUGGCAUCCAGAGCAUUUUGUGUGCACACACUGCCAGGAGGAGAUUGGUUCCAGAAACUUCUUUGAGAGGGAAGGACAGCCAUACUGCGAGAGAGAUUACCAUCAUUUAUUCUCUCCGCGCUGCUACUACUGUAACGGACCCAUACUGGAUAAAGUGGUGACAGCGUUAGAUAGAACGUGGCAUCCCGAGCACUUUUUCUGUGCUCAGUGUGGGGCGUUCUUCGGUUCUGAAGGAUUUCAUGAGAAAGAUGGAAAGGCGUACUGUCGUAAAGACUACUUCGAUCUCUUUGCUCCUAAAUGUGGAGGCUGUGCUCGUGCCAUCCUGGAGAAUUACAUCUCUGCCCUGAGUGCCCUCUGGCAUCCAGAGUGUUUUGUGUGCAGGGUGUGA